CGCGGCGAGGGAGCAUGCGCACGGGGUUCGGGGCAGCCGAAACGCUCGCUUCGGGACGUCGUCGCACUGCGAUAAGGAGUCGUUCCGUCGGAGGCGGAAGGACGGCUCCGGGCCGGCGGGCGAGGUAUUGGAAGGAUAUGAUAUGAAGUUGGGAAAUGGAAACCAAGCAUCACAUCAAGAUUGAAUAGAGUUGCUCGAUUUUUAUCAGGCCCAGGCUAUUGUCAGGUUUGGAAUGUGGAAGGGGAAACGUUCCUCUGUUGUGCACAGGGGAGAACAUUUCAAACAGGUGAGAGUGGAAAAGCACUGAGACACACACACACACGGACCCUCAAGGGAGGGUGUCCGAGUGUAUUCACUGUGCCAAGAGCCUGAAUAGCCUGAGACAGUACCACACUACUCGCAGCGGUGAAAGAAUCACUGUCUUCAAGGGAGACACAGACAACCAGCGUCAUGGAGAAACCGUGGAAGUGUGAGGACUGCGGUAAAAGGUUCACUUGUUCGUCCCGGCUGGAUAUACACCGGCGCAUUCACACCGGGGAGAGGCCGUUCACCUGCUCCGAGUGCGGGAGGAGGUUCACUCAGUCGUCCGGCCUUUCCCUGCACCAGCGGGUUCACACCGAGGAGAAGCCGUUCAGCUGCACGACCUGCGGGCACGGGUUCAAGUCUUCCUCCCUGCUCACCGAGCACCAGCGGAUUCACACGGGGCAGAAGCCGUUCGCCUGCUUCGUGUGCGGGGAGAGGUUCGAUCAGAUAGACGCCGUCCAGUCGCACCACUACUUCCACACAAAGGAGGAUCCGUACAGGUGCGCGUCCUGCGGGAAGACCUUCAGGCAGACCACCGACCUCCAGGAGCACCGGCGCACUCACACGGGGGAGAAGCCGUUCACCUGCUCAGUGUGCGGGAAAGGAUUCCCGUGGUCAUCCCAGCUGCUGACGCACCAGCGGGUCCACAGUGGGGAUCAGCCUUUCAGCUGCUCGGUCUGUGGGAUGGAGUUCACUCAAUCGCAACACCUCCUGAGACACCAGCGGAUCCAUAGAAGCGACCCACCUCCCGCAGACGGAUCAGGGGAACGGCCGCUCCCCGGUGGGCCAGCAGGGCAGCUAAGGCGGUGCGCUCCUUGCCACACACCCGGAGCAGUGUGGGCCCGCUGGUGUUUCCAGCAGGUUGGACUCGGUGGCGAAGCCCUUCCCGCGCUCAGGGGGCAGGCGAAACGGCCUCUCGCCAGCCUGGCCACCAGGUCGGGCGCCCAUUCGAAGCCCGCGCUGCAGUCAGAGCACUUGAAGGGUUUCUUGUCAGCGUGCACCCGCUGGUGGCCUGUCAGAUCGCGGGAGUCUCUGAAGCCCUUCCCACAGACCGGGCAGCCGAAAAGGCCUGGGCGUCGGUCAUCAGGUCCCCCCGCCCGAGCUCUUGAAGCGCCGCCCGCACUCCAGGCACGCGAGGGGGUCUCCCGUCAGUGUGGGCCCACCGCCGCUGGUGGAGCAGGAGGUCGGAACACCGCCGGAAACCGGACCUGCACCGAGAGCACUCUCAUCGGGUGUGGACGCAACAGCGACGCGUCAGCUCUCGGUGAAUUUCGAAGGCCGUCCCUGAACGGUCUCUCAUCGGAGUGGACCCCUCCGCAACAUUUCUCAGGGUCGAGCCUCCCGUCAAGGCGCAUGCGCCCCGCUGCCCCGCACAAAGAUGGCCGCCGCGCCCAAGAGGGGGGCGCCCGCUCUGCGCCGACCGAGGGCCCGGGUGCCGCUUACUCGGGGCCCGAAGCCUCCGCGGCGGGCUCCUACAACCUCCCCCACCCCCCGUUACUUUCCGACAGCCGCCUCCCCUCCCUCCCUCCCUUCAGGGACGCGGAGCCGAAAGGUGAUAAAGACAAAAUAAGCAAGCACAACAUCAUUGGAACAUCAAGCAGUGAUCUUGUUAGUGACAGGCAUCACUUGGCAUCAGCGUGGCACAAACAUUACACGCCACUUGUCAGCCCGAGUCUGGAUAUUGUCCAGAUCCUGUUACAUUUGCGCACAGCCUGCUUCAGUAUCGGAGGAGUGGUGAACGGUGCUGGACAUGGUGCAACUAUCGGUGAACAUCCCCCACUUCUGACCUCCCGAUGGAAGGAAGGAGGCGGGCGGGCUUGGAGGGGCCGGGGCGCGCGGCUGGUCCUCCGGGCCAAUCGGAGUGAAUGGGAUAAGGCGGAGCUGGAGGACCGAGCCCGCGGGGUUCGGGACCUCCAACCAAUCGGAGUGGAGGAGGAGGUGGGCGGGCGGCUGGUCCUCCAACCAAUCGGAGUGAAGGAGGCGGGCGGGCUUGGCGGGGCCGGGGCGCGCGGCUGGUCCUCCGGGCCAAUCGGAGUGAAUGGGAUAAGGCGGAGCUGGAGGACCGAGCCCGCGGCGUUCGGGACCUCCAACCAAUCGGAGCGGAGGAGGUGGGCGGGCCUGGAGGAGCCAGGGCGCGCGGCUGGUCCUCCGGGCCAAUCGGAGCGGAGGAGGUGGGCGGGCCUGGAGGAGCCAGGGCGCGCGGCUGGUCCGCCGGGCCAAUCGGAGCGAAGGAGGUGGGGCGGCGGUGGCCGUGCGCAGGCGGAAGAGGGAGGGGAGGGGAAGGGAAGGGGACUGAUGGGCAGAGAGGCCUCAUGCAAACCUCUCAGUCCGGCAGCGGACCCCCCCCAGGAUCGAGUGAUCAUAACCCAAACGGAACAUCACGGCAAGAUCUUCAAUCGUCAGGUCGGCUUUCCAGAAUACCGCGUUGACGAGGAAGGCAACAAGGCGUGCGCACACUCAAGUGGGAGAGUUAGCAAUGGACUGGCUUUGGAAAGAGCUUUGACCAGUUCAACACCGCUGAGAGUGGAGAGCGAGAGAGAGAGAGACAUGGAGAAACCGUGGAAAUGCUUGGACUGUGGGAAGGGAUUCAGUUACCCCUCCCUGCUGGAAAUCCACCGGCGGGCCCACACCGGGGAGAAGCCGUGGAAGUGCGGGGACUGCGGCAAAGGGUUCAACUACCCCUCGGAGCUGGAGAUCCACCGCCGCAGUCACACGGGGGAGAAGCCGUUCGCCUGCCCGGUCUGCGGGAAGGGCUUCACCAAGUCCUCGGCCCUGGUCACGCACCGGCGGGUGCACACCGGCGAGCGGCCCUUCCGCUGCCCGUCCUGCGGCAAGUGCUUCAAGCAGUCCUCGGAGCUGUCGGUGCACCGGCGGGUGCACACCGGCGAGCGGCCCUUCGUCUGCGCCGUGUGCGGCAAGGGCUUCACCCAGUCGUCCACCCGGGUGGCGCACCAGCGGGUGCACACCGAGGAGAGGCCGUUCGGCUGCGCCGCCUGCGGGAAGAGGUUCCGGCGCCCGGCCAACCUCAGCGCCCACCGGCAGGUUCACACCGGGCACCGGCCGCUCGCCUGCUCCGAGUGCGGGGAGGAGUUCGCUCAGUCGUCCAGCCUCCUGAAACACCAGCGGGCUCACGGCCAGGGCAAACCCCUCGGAACGGAUCUGGUCGCUGGCCGCAAGGACGGGUUGGUCGGAGAGCAACCGGAUGCAGGAGACGAGGUCGGAGGUGAGGCAGGUGAACCUCUGGAAGGGCUGUCCGGCGCCGCCUGGAUGGACGUGAGGGACACGGAACGGGACGUUGCUCCUUAUCUGGUGACGUGGGAAGGGUACCGGGCGGAGGAAAAGAUUCUGCUCGAGUGCUGCAGGUUCGACGCUGCGGACGUGCGCUGGCGGGGGAGAAACCACGGGGGUCGUGUUGCGAGUCGUCGGAGCUGCUGGAGACCAUCGCUGGAUCGUGAUCGGACGUCGGAGGAUCGUUUGGUUGUGCUGACCUGCUCUUGGUGGAUCUUCAUUGCUGGCUUCGGCCACGACGGUGUCUGUGAAGAAGAUUUUGCUGGAGUGCUGCGGGUCCGAAGCAGCGGACGGCGACCAGCACUGGACACAAAACUCCAGAAGACGCCUCACCAGCAUCUUCCACAACCUCAGCGUGAACACCUCCACUCCUCAGGUCUGAGCAAUGAAGUCUUCCGGGGUCACUUUCUCGGUUCCGCGACGCCAUGGAGUCACGCAGCACGGAAACAGGCUCAGCUGCGGAGCGCCCUGAGGACGGGAAGGGAUUCGCCGGCCGGGAAUUCCGAAGGGAAGGACGCGGCCCCGAGCGGCGAGGGACCGGGCCGGCCGCGGCGCAGGCCCGGCGAGCGGCCGUGGCGGUGCGGGGACUGCGGCAAGGGCUUCGGCUACCCCUCCCAGCUGGAGGCGCACCGGCGCAGCCACACCGGCGAGCGGCCGUUCCCCUGCGCUGAGUGCGGGCGGGCGUUCAGCCAGCCGGCCAGCCUGCUGAAGCACCGGCAGGUCCACACCGGGGAGCGGCCCUUCGCCUGCCCGGACUGCGGGAAGGGCUUCGCCCGGCCGUUCAGCCUGGCCAAGCACCGGCGGGUCCACACCGGGGAGAAGCCGUUCCGCUGCCCGGAGUGCGGCAAGCGGUUCACCCAGUCGUCCAACCUGAUCUCCCACCGGCGGGUCCACACCGGGGAGCGGCCGUUCCGCUGCCCCGAGUGCGGGAGGGGCUUCACCCAGUCCUCCUACCUGCUGACCCACCAGCGGGUCCACUCCGGGGAGCGGCCGUACACCUGCGGCCUGUGCGGGAAGGCCUUCGCUCAGUCGUCCCACCUCGUCAGGCACCGGCAGGUCCACAGCGAGGAGAGGCCUUUCGAGUGCCCGGACUGCGGGAAGCGCUACAAGGGCUCCGGGGAGCUCCGGUGCCACCAGCGAAGGCAUCACUCCGACCAGAAACCCGUCAGCAGGAACCCGAACGGCACGGACCCGCGGGCGGGAGACCAGAAGCCGCUGCGGCGGCAGCAGCAGCCGCGGUGGGCGUGCGGGGACUGCGGCCGGGCCUUCGCCGCGCCCUCCGAGCUGGAGCGCCACCGGCGGCGCCACACCGGCGAGCGGCCCUUCGCCUGCGCGGCUUGCGGCAAGGCUUUUGCCGCAGCCUCCUCCCUCCGCAAGCACCGGCGGGUCCACGCCGCGCACCAGGGGCUGCCGUGCCCCGAGUGCGGCGACGGCGGCGGCCGCUUCAAGAGCGCAGAGACGCUGCGGCAGCACCGGGCCCUGCACGGCGACGGCGCGGGCGUCCUGCCCUUCGGCUGCGCCGCCUGCCCCAAGCGCUUCCGCACGGCCUCACAGCUGCGGCGGCACGGGGCGGCGCACUCAGAUGCCCGGCCCCACCCCUGCCCGGAGUGCCCGCGGCGCUACAAGCGGCCGGAGGAGCUGCGGCGCCACCGGCGGGCGGCCCACACCGAUGAGAGGCCCUUCCCCUGCGGCGAAUGCGGCCGGGCCUUCCGCCGCUCGGCCGAGCUGCUCCAGCACCAGCGGCGCCACACCGGCGAGCGGCCCUUCGCCUGCGGCGAGUGCGGGCGGGCCUUCGGCCAGGCCGCCCACCUGCGCAGCCACCGGGCCGCCCACUCCGGCGAGCGGCCCUUCCCCUGCCUGCGGUGCCCGGCCCGCUUCAAGACCGGCCAGGCGCUGCGCUCCCACCGGCGCACGCACACGGGCGAGCGGCCCCACCGGUGCCCGCAGUGCCCCGCUGCCUUCGGGCAGUCCGGCGACCUGGCCCGGCACCGGCGCAUCCACACCGGCGAGAGGCCCUACGCCUGCGCCAUCUGCCAGGCCACCUUCGCCUUCCUGGGCAACUACAUGCGGCACCGCCAGAUCCACUCGUGAGGCGGUGGAUAUCAGUAAAUAACCCGCAGUGCCCAGGGAUGUGCAGGUUAGGGUGGAUUGGCCGUGCUAAAUUACCCAUAGUGAGCAGGGAUGUGCAGGUUAGGGUGGAUUGGCCGUGCUAAAUUACCCAUAGUGAGCAGGGAUGUGUAGGUUAGGGUGGAUUGGCCAUGCUAAAUUGUCCCAAUCCACCUAACCUACACAUUCCAGGACAAUUUAGCAUGGCCAAUCCACCCUGACCUACACACCCUAGGCACUUUGGCCGUGCUAAAUUACCCAAUCUACCCGAACCUGCACAUCCCUGGGCAUUAUGGGUAAUUUAACACGGCCUAUCCACCCUCAGCUCCACGUUCCUGGACACUAUGGAACAAUUUGGCAUGGUCAACCCAACUAGCCUGCAGAUCCCUGGACACUACAGGAAAAUUUAGCAUGGCCAAUCCACCCUAACCUGACAUCGCUGGACACUAUGGCUAUGCUAAUUGUCCCAUAGUGUCCAGGUAUAUCAGGUUAGGUAGAUUGGCCAUGCUAAAUUGUCUCAAACUACCUCCCCUACACGCCCCUGGGCAUUACGAGUAAUUUAGCAUUGCCAGUCCACCCUAACCUGCACAUCCCUGGGCACUAUGGGUAAUUUAGCACGGCCAGUCCACCCUAACCUGCACAUCCCUGGGCACUAUGGGUAAUUUAGCACGGCCAAUCCACCCUAACCUGCACAUCCCUGGGCACUAUGGGUAAUUUAGCGUGGCCAAUCCACCCUAACCUGCACAUCCCGGGGCACUACGGAUAAUUUAGCACGGCCAAUCUACCCUAACCUGGGCACUAUGGGUAAUUUAGCCUGUCCAAUCCACCCUAACCUGCACAUCCCGGGGCACUGAGACAAUUUAUCACGGCCAAUCCACCAUAUUUACACAUCUUUGUUUGGACUGUGGGAGCAAACCAGAGCACCCGAAGGAAGGGGGUGGGGUUGGGGGGGGCGCAAACUCCACACGGAGAGUCGCCCGAGGGUGGAAUCGAAAACCCGGCUCCCUGGUGCGGUGAGGCAGCAGCGCUGACCCCACUGAGCCACCGUCCCCAGCCCCAGGAGGGUUUGUUGGCACAGCAGCCGGAUGCCCAAGUUGCAGCGCCUCCCCCCCCACCGAAAAUAGUCAGCCAUUUUUGCAACCCUUCCGCUGUUCGUGAAAUUAAAACCCACUCAGAAUCCGGGCAGGAGUAAAGAUGGUCAAGAUCGCCGUCUGAUCUGAUGGAGUAAAGGAGCUCUGUAGUGUGACGGGGGGUGGGGUAGAGAUCUCUGCGGAUCCUCCUGUAGACUCGAACUCAGGCAUAGAUGGGCUGUUCGAGGCCAUGACCGAGUCAGAGACCUGAAUGUGAACGACUUCUGAAAUAAACUCACCCUUUCGA